AUGUCGUCUACUGAGGGCAAGACUAUCACCUGCAAGGCCGCCGUCGCCUGGGAGGCCGGCAAGCCUCUGUCCAUCGAGACCGUCGAGGUCGCUCCUCCUCGCGAUGGUGAGGUCCGCAUCAAGAUCCUCUACGACGACUACACCCUCUCCGGCAAGGACCCCGAGGGUCAGUUCCCUGUCAUCCUUGGCCACGAGGGUGGUGGUAUUGUCGAGUCGGUCGGCCCCAACGUCGACAACGUCAAGGUCGGCGACCAUGUCGUCCCCCUCUACACCGCUGAGUGCCGCGAGUGCAAGUUCUGCAAGAGCGGAAAGACCAACCUCUGCGGCGCUGUUCGUGCUACCCAGGGCAAGGGCGUCAUGCCGGACGGCACUUCGCGCUUCACUUGCAAGGGCAAGCAGCUCUACCACUUCUACACCGUCGUCUCCAAGUAUUCGGUCGUCGCCGUCAACGAGAAGGCUCCCCUCGACAAGGCCUGUCUUCUCGGAUGUGGUAUCACGACCGGCUACGGAGCGGCUACCAAGACCCCUGACAUUGAGAACUCGACCGUUGCCGUCUUCGGUAUCGGAUGUGUCGGUCUCGCCCUGAUCCAGGGUGCCAAGGCCAAGAACGCCUCGCGCAUCAUCGCCAUCGACGUCCAUGACAAGAAGGAGGAGUGGGCCAAGAAGUUCGCCGACUUCAUCAACCCCACCAAGGUCCCCGGCGGCAAGAGCAUCGUCGACUACCUCGUUGAGAUCACCGACGGCGGUCUCGACUUCACCUUCGACGCCACUGGUAACGUCCAGGUCAUGCGCCAGGCGCUCGAGUGCUGCCACAAGGGCUGGGGUGUGUGCAACGUCAUCGGUGUCGCUCCCGCUGGCGCCGAGAUCUCGACCCGCCCGUUCCAGCUCGUCACCGGCCGUGUCUGGAAGGGAUCGGCCUUCGGCGGCGUCAAGGGCCGCACCGAGCUCCCCGGCCUCGUCGACGACUACCUCAACGGCAAGCUCUGGGUCGACCAGUUCGUCACCCACAACCAGCCCCUUGAGGAGAUCAACAAGGCCUUCGACGACAUGCACGCCGGCGACUGCAUCCGCUGCGUCGUCAACAUGCAGCAGGACGGCCUCAUCGAGGAGAAGUAG